GGAGGCGGAUCCGGCCGGCCGAGGGGGCGUUUUCGGGAUGGUUUGGCGGCCGCCGGAGCCCUGGAGCGAGCGGCGCUGAGGGCGGUGGCGGCGGCAGGUGAAGCAAGGCGGCGACGGGGCAGGAGCGGCCUCUGGGGGUCUCCUGGGUGGCUGAGCAUGGACCCAGUCGCUACUCACGGCUGCCAUCUUCUCCAGCAGCUGCACGAGCAGCGCAUUCAAGGCCUGCUUUGUGACUGCAUGUUGGUCGUGAAAGGAGUGUGCUUUAAAGCACAUAAGAAUGUUCUGGCAGCGUUCAGUCAGUAUUUUAGGAGCCUCUUUCAGAACUCUUCAGGCCAAAAAAGUGAUGUUUUUCACUUGGAUAUUAAAAAUGUAAGCGGCAUUGGGCAGAUCCUGGACUUCAUGUACACUUCUCACCUAGAUCUUAACCAGGAUAAUAUCCAAGUAAUGCUGGACAUAGCACAGUGUUUGCAAGUUCAAAACGUUCUGAAUCUGUGUCACACAUUUUUGAAGUCCGCCACUGUGGAACAGCCCCCAGGCGUGUCUUGUAACAGCGCGUUCUCCCUGCAGAGCACUGUGCCUGCUGACGCGCACUGUGCAGUAAGUGAAAACUACCCUCCUCAUUUGCUGCACGAGUGUCCUGCCGAGGUUCAGCAGGGUAAAGUUUUGGAUGAAUCACAUUCUCACGCUCCGCCGUCUGUUAAUCUCCAUCAGUCUGCAAGUGAGGCAUCCAAACAAGCACCCGACACAAUGGAUGGCACCUGCCCAGAGCUGCCUUUCAGACAGCCGAGUUACUACUACAAACUCAGAAACUUUUACAGCAGGCAGUGCUACAAACAGGCUGCGUGUCCCGGUCAUGAGAGGGCGAAUGAACAGCCCUUCGCUUCCAGCACAGCCGCGGACCUCGGCGCCGGCGACAGCCAGCCUUGCGCCGGCAGUCAUUCCGAAUGUGUCCUGGAGUCUUCAGAGCACUUGCCUUCCCACUUCUUGGCCCAGCCCUUGAGUGAAUCUGCCCCAGACCCUGACUCAGACAACCCGUGCCAGCCACCCAGCAGACAGAUGAGGCUCAAAAAGGCCAUUCACCUUAAGAAGCUAAAUUUCCUCAAGUCCCAGAAAUCUGCAGAGGAGCCAUCCGAAGGCAAGCCAGAAGACAGCUUAACGAAGAGGGUGGAGUGCGCUGGUACAAGCACUGCAGAGAAGGCCGCCGGCCACGGGGCUGAGGGAAGAGAGCGUGAAGAACUUGUCAGUUCUGAGCGUUUUAACUGCACUAACGAAAUGGAGAGGCCUGAAGAGCCUGCAGCGCUGGAGGACCCGUCCCAGAUGCUUCAGUCACAGAGACAGUACACAUGUGAAUUGUGUGGAAAACCUUUUAAACACCCAAGCAAUCUGGAGCUUCACAAACGGUCACAUACAGGUGAGAAACCUUUUGAAUGUAACAUUUGUGGGAAACAUUUCUCUCAGGCAGGUAACUUGCAGACUCACUUACGUCGGCAUUCUGGUGAAAAACCAUACAUCUGCGAAAUCUGUGGAAAGAGGUUUGCAGCGUCUGGUGAUGUCCAGCGUCAUAUCAUUAUUCACUCAGGAGAGAAGCCACACUUGUGUGACAUCUGUGGGCGAGGGUUCAGUAACUUCAGUAACUUGAAGGAGCACAAGAAGACACACACGGCCGAUAAAGUCUUCACCUGUGACGAAUGCGGCAAGUCCUUCAACAUGCAGAGGAAGCUGGUGAAGCACCGGAUUCGGCACACGGGAGAGCGGCCCUACAGCUGUUCUGCCUGUGGAAAGUGUUUUGGGGGAUCUGGCGACCUGCGCCGGCACGUGCGCACGCACACCGGGGAGAAGCCGUACACGUGUGAGAUCUGCAGCAAGUGCUUCACGCGCUCAGCGGUGCUGCGGCGGCACAAGAAGAUGCACUGCAGGCCCGACGGGGGCCAGGACGCGCUCGACGAGCUUGCUCAUGCCAUUGAGACCUCCGACCUGGAGAAGUCGCAGAGCUCGGAUUCCUUUUCCCAAGACGUGUCUGUGACUCUGAUGCCCGUGUCAGUCAAGCUUCCCGUGCACCCGGCCGAAGAUUCAGUGACAGAGUUUGAUGGCCACUCCGCCGGCUCCUACUGCAAGUUCCGGCCUGUGGUUCAGCCUCCCGCAGCUGCUGAGCCGGAGAAGCUCGGGCUGGACCCCAGCAAACUUGCCAAGCCUCCGAUGCAGCCGGCGCAGCCUCCGGCGUACACUUACCCAGACAUGGCUGCCGUGGCCAGCGAGCCGCCACUGCAGCCCGACGGCCUGUCCCUGGGCCGCUCAUCCCUGGCCGCGCUGGACAAUCACUGUGGUGAUGCGCUGGGCAGCCGUGGGCCCGCCACACCGUACAGGAACUCCGAGGGGCAGUUCUUCUCCAGCAUGACGCUCUGGGGGCUGGCCAUGAAGACGCUGCAGAAUGAAAACGAGCUGGACCAGUGAUGUCCAGCAGCAGCAUUUCCCAGCCUCAGAGCAUUUUUGAAGCCCAGCGGAGCGGCGUCCGUGCUUCCGGAGAGAGCGUUUUCUCCGUGGUGGCCCUUUCUCACUGGCCUGAGAAUAGUUUGACCAUUUCUGUGCUGGUGGUGACUGAUUACUGGAAGCUUCCGGAGCCGCAGGAUCGGGGAAGAAGGCCCGCAGGCUCCCCGUGCGCGCAGACGGGGGAGUGGAGGAGCGGACAGCCUGGGGAGCCAUCCCACUGACCUUCGCCGGCACCACGGCGCGCACACGUGGGGUCAGCUACUGUACGUCUCAGUCACAUUAAAGGGAGAAAGCUAUAUAUAGUAACACAAAUAUGUUUGCAUUUUUACAUGAUUGAAAUUUGUACUGGUUUGUAUUUUUAUUUACACAGAAAGUUUAUUUGUAUAUGAAACUCAUGCUAUAAUUUAAUUUGAAUAAAUGAAACUUGA